GAAGUCUUCUUUUCUACGGAUAUCUAUCUACCUACCUGCCUGCCUGUCUACCUGUCAAGAAACACAUACAUAGUCGAAAGUCGAAAGUCAAUCGCAAGAACAAGAACAAGAACAAGAGCAAUAUGCAAGGUCUUCAAAUCUUCGUUAACCAAGGUGGUUUGGCGUGCAGCUGCGGUGUUGCGUAUCCAGAGGGCGCGGAUAAGGAUACUUAUGUUUGUAGCUGCGGAAAGAAGUGCCCAAGUGCUAAGUAAAUCGAUUGUAUAUGGGGAUGAGCGGUUGGAGGGAUUGAUGGGGAUGUUGAGUUCACGGGAGCUUUCUGUUUGGGAUGGGAUGGGAUGGGGAUAGGUUGAUUGAGCGUUUGGAUAUGCAUGCAUGCAAUGGAUUUCUGCGAUGGCGAUGGGAGCUUUGCGUAUGUUGGUUGUGUGGUGUAUGGAGUGUACGGAGACAGACAAAUGGAUGGUCGGUUUGGCAUAGCGAUUUGACGAUGAUUUGAUGAUUGAGGGACGGGUUAUGAGCGUUUCAUAUUUUACUGAAAUGGGAACUUGUGUUCUCA